CCACACCGUACAAACCAAAUCGGUGGCGAGUAGUAUUCACGGGUCCUUGCGACGCCUCCUUCGACCAUGGUGAUGAACAAGAGCAGUAAGAUGCUUAACUACAUCAACUACCGCAUGAAGGUCACGCUCGCGGACGGCCGCGUGCUCAUCGGGACCUUCAUGGCCUUUGACAAACACAUGAACCUCGUCCUUGGCGACUGCGAGGAGUUCCGGACCCUCAAGAACAAGGUCAAGAACGCGACGUCCGCGUCCCUCAAGGAAGAGCGCGUCCAGAAGCGUAUGCUUGGCCUCGUCCUCCUGCGCGGUGAAAACGUCGUGUCGCUCACGGUCGAGUCGCCGCCGCCUGCCCACGAAGCCGAAGGUCUCGGCAUCAUGGGCCCGGGCGUGGCGCGCGCCGCGGGCCGUGGCCUUCCUGCCGCACCUCUUGGCGUGCCCAUGGGUCUCGCUGCGCCCAUGCGUGGCAUCGGUGGUCCCGGCGGUAUGCUGCAACCCGGCCAAGUUGCUGCCCAGGCCCAGCCGCAAGCGUACGGCCGUGGUGCCCCCAUGGGCAUGCCGGGUGGCCUCCCCCGUGGGCCGCCGCCGGGCGUCCGCCCUCCCAUGAUGCCCCCGGGCAUGCUUCCCCCUGGCAUGGUGCCGCCGCCGGGCAUGGUGCCCCCGCCUGGCAUGAUGCCGCCGGGUAUGCGCCCCCCGGGCCCGCCCCCGAUGAUGCGCCCGCCGCCGGGCCAGUAAGUAAGAUUCAUAAGACUGUUUGCGCUCCUUUUGACUAUGUAUGUAUCCAUCUCGUUUCGUG